UUAGGUGUCAUUCGCCUGCAUUUGCCUGAAGCACAAUGAAGUAUUUGUGGCACGAGGAAGAGUUUAGGGAAAUUUGGCCACUCAAAUGGAUAAUACCGUUAGUUAGCUGUGGCUAUUUGACGGGCAUUGGACUCAUCCUGCUCUGGUACGAAUGGCAGCCGGCGCAAAGGGAGCGGGACCUGACGCAGCUGCUCUUGGUCCUCCUGGGUCUGCUCUGCCUGACGAUGCUCUUCAGCCGGGCCGUGCGGUGCAUCCUGACGCUGGCGCUGCCCUCGCUGUGCAGCUCACGUGGACGCGCCCUGCUCAUUGCCCUGGCCUUCUUUGUGGCCGCCCGUGGACCCACCGCCAAUAUCCUGGCCAAUCUGAUGGCGCUGCUGCGCAGCUUGGCCUGCGGCCAGGCGCUGCUGCGUCUGGCCAUUGGCCAGAUGCUGGAAGUGGUCAUGGAGCCGGUGCGUGCCGUCCACCUGGCCAUCGAUCAGCUGCUCGAGGAGCUGCGUCGUGUGCUGCAGCAGGUGCUCCAGCUGCUGCUGCGGAUACAAAGUUACCUGCUGGUCAUCAUUGAUGCCUUUAAGGUGUGCGCCGCCUGGCUGGAGUCUGUGCUGGAGCUGUGCAACUCGGAGCUGGGCUCGCCCUGGACCCGUUGCCAGCAUGCGGCUGAGCGCGCCCAGGCCAAAUGCCGCGCCAGGCUGGGCAUGCUCAAGUCCCUCUGCCAUGCCGCAAAGCUCUUCUUUGCGCUCUGCUAUCCCGCCAAGCUGGUGGACGUGUUUUGCGCCGGCGUCUGGGAUGAGAGCUGGCAGAUCCUCGACACCAUCAUGAAGCGCUAUUACGAGUUUGUGGCCCAGCUGGAGCAAAUGUUCGAUGUGAGCAUUAGCUUUGAGCAUGAAUUCUACUUCCAUACGAACGCGUCCAAGAACCUCUCCGAUGUCGGCGACGAGGUCAUGCAGGAUAUUCAGCAACGUUUGCGUCCAUUCAUCAUAUUCCAGAGCUGGCUCGAUCUGCUCUGCUGGAUCAUGCUGCUGGCCAUUUUCAUCAAGGCCAUCUAUUUCUAUCUGCGCUAUAUGCUCGGUCGGGAGUAUCAGAAUAUUUAUCUGACCAGCGCGCUGUAUGCCAUCGAUAGGGAUUGCGAGGCGCAGGGCCAGCCCACAGCUCUGCCGCUCAAGAGUCUGGAGCGAGCCAAGUACUUGAAGCUGACCAGCCUGCGGCUGUCGGGCGGCGAGUGCCUGAUGCUGGCGGAGAAUGCGUUCUUCAUGCUCAACACGUGCGUCCAGCUGGGCAGCAUUUGCCUGAUGGACUACAGCCUGUUCUGGCUGCUGGACACGAUUGCGUAUUAUGGCGAGGAGCAGGACGAUCUGGAGAUACCCGCCUACGUGGAUCUGGAGAUUGAGGGCGGCGGCUUUGUGGGCGACAUUAUGAGAGGCAUUGCGAAUGCCUUUCGUCCCAUCACGCAGAAGACGACGCUCGACUCAAAGUCGUGCCUGCCGCUGCCCGUCGAGCCGGACUAUAGAUACUAUGCGGGCAUCUUGCUGCUGUGUCUGCUCGCCUGGCUCAUCCUGCUGACGGAACCGUAUGCACUGCGCCUGCGCCACAUAAUCAUGCAGAGAUUCUAUCCGGAACGCGCCCGUGCGCGUGCACAGUAUUUGCAUCGCAAGAUAAUCGAAAAGCGAGGCUGCUUCCUGAAGAUGGCCCGUCGCAAGGCGCGCUCCCUUUUUAUGCACCAGCAGGCGGGCGGACACAGCGGCUGCCUGGGCAAGCUCCUCCGAUGCUGCUGUUGCCUCUGUCUCCGGCCCGUUCGAGGCGAGGAUGUGUGCAUUCUGUGCGCCCAGCUGUUGAGCUCCUCGACACGCGUACACUGCGAUACGCCCGGCUGCAAGGGUGUCUACUGCCAGGAAUGCUUCCGUGAGUCCAAUGGCAAAUGUUGCCUGUGCCAGCAGCCCGUUGAUUAUGGCGAUUACAGCGACCUCUCCGAAGUUCAGGACUCCUCCGAUGAUCCGGAGGCGGAAUCCUUUGGAAAACGUAAGGCAAAACUUCUCUGCAGCAACUUUCGCUGGCAGCACAGCAAAAAGAAGCCGUAAACAAGCAGCAAUAAUUAGUUUUUGUUUAUUUUAAUUAAUUUAUUUGUAAAUAAUAAUAAGAUUAUUAUAAUUCUUUAAA